AUGGCAUGUCUGUGGCAUGCUGGCUGCGGACCAAGAUAUCGUACAACGCAGCGUUUGUGGGUUUGGAGCUUAGGCGGNGGGGGGGCCCUCCCGGGCCUUCCCGGCGUUNAGCUCCAAACCCACAAACGCGACAUCGUACGAUACCUCGGUCCGCUGGGCACUAGAUUCCUUCAGGUCAUUCAGAUCACGGCGCUCUUCCUGGCGGCCCAGCGGGGCCACAUGGAGAUUGCCAAGCUGCUUGUGGCCAGUGGGGCCAGUCCCGUACAGCCUUGCUUUAUACAGACCGCCAGAAAGGUUUUUGCCGCAUCGCCAUGUGUUUGCGACAAAGGCAUCGUGCGAGUCGAGGGUGGCUCACGGGAGUCGAGGGUGGCUCACGGGCUGAGAGUGUUUUACGUGCCGCAGGGUAGCACGGAGCUGUGCACGCCCGCUGAAGUGGCGUCCCUCAACUUGCACUUCAAGCUGGCCAGGUGGCUGAAGCACGCGGCACGGGCCAGGCAGCGGGAGGAUGAGGUCCUGGCAUUGGAUGACGAGGACCGAAUUUCACAGGUUUCAAGUCGCCUGGCACGGGGCCUACAGCGAGCGCGAAGCAUGCAGAGCAACCCGGCAGCUGGGGCCGGUGGUAUGUCGAUAUCGGGCAUGUUAGCGAGGAUGUCCCGCGGGUCGCGACAUGGCGGCGGAGCCAUGUCAGUGGAGGGCGGACCCUCGCUGUCGCAGCUGGGCUACGGUCGCGAGGGGCCCAGGUCCGUGGUGGAUCCGGUAGAGGCGGAUGCGCAGCGGGUGGCGGCGCUGAACUUCAUGCAGCAAGUUGACCUGGCGGCGUUCGAUCCGGAGGUUGGCGACCAGCCCGUCGUGAAGACACCGGCCGCCGGGGGAGGAUCCUUAAAGAAACUUUUCCGCCGUUUCAUCUCCCUGGGCAGCAAGGAGGGCGCCGUAGUGGGUGCCUGUUCCGCGGGGCCCGGUGCCGGCGGCGGCGGCAACGGAAACCUGGCCUCGGUGUAUGCAUCCGCAUCGGCCCGUGUCCCCCGGAACAACGGCGGGCUGUACCGCGGCGGCCUGGGAUUGGACUAUGAGGACCCCACCCGGCCCGACCACACCAAGGUACUCCAGCGCUUCCUGAAGGACCUGGAUCUGGCGCACUGGCGACCCGAGAACGACGGGCCCCUGGAGCGCAGUACCAUCGGCGGCAACAGCACACGACCAGCCUCCCCAAACCGGGGCCGUCCUAGCUCCCCGCCGAGGAGUGUGAGGGCCAACACCAGCCCAGCCAGGACACGUCCCUGUAUGGAUUCGUUCAUCUAGUGCUCACGACGUUGCCGACUGGGAGUUUUCUCUCUUUAGGCUCUUAUGCUUCUGUGCAUCAUGUACGAUGCGGCCUUGAAACUGCUUAAUUUCGUACCUCGGCUGUGUUGGGGAGUGUUUUGUGCUCCGCAGUGGGACCUAUGGAACUAGGACCUGAAGCAGGGGUAUAGAUGUUAUCACCUUGAGGUCUGGAGACGGGCCAUUCGAGAUGUUGUGGGUCUGAAUGCUUGGGCGAAACCCUGAGAUCUGCAAGGGGAACGAGAAGUGUAGCUCGGAUAGCCUGUGCACGUAACUUGUAAAUAUAUGUAUUAUC